AUGGAGGAACAUACCCGCUCGGCCUCUCAUCCCGCCCCUGUGUCUUCUCCGUUCCGGCGCUCUCCUGGUCUUGUUCCUCCACGGCGAUUCUGCACGGUGGGGGGGAUCGUGGCGUCUCCGUGUCGGUCCCUAAAGGUGUUUUCUUCGAAACUCGCCGCCACGCGAACCCGGCACCUUGCCGGGGCUGCGCCGGAGGCCAAUGCAGAGGCGCGCGAGGACGGAGUGUACUCUUCGCUUGGGUUCGAGGGCAAAGAAAACACAGAAAACCAGUCAGAGAGGCUCGCGGCACCGCGAGAAAACGCACUCAACGUGAGCCCCAGUUUCCCACCCAGUCUAGACUCCUCCCCUCCCAACCGAGAGGUGACCCAACUUCAGCGAGAUGUGCUGGUAGGCACAACGUCUUUGAAUCCGUCUCCACUUCGCCAGUCUCUACCUGCUUCGUUUUCUUCUCGCGCGUCACGGGCCCCGGCUGGGGAGAGCCUGGAGCCGCGAACUGUGUCUCCGCCCUUCGAUGGCGAGGAGAGAGACACUCUGGAGACCAGUGAGGAGGAGACAGGCGCGUGCGGCGCCGAGCCGAGCGAAGGAAACGCGCCAAGUCGGCCUGCUGUAGGCGGAGAGAAAGGCGACACACAGGAAGGCCCGCAGGCUGGUGGGAAGGUCUCUGGGCACCCGCACGCAUGCAGUGGAGCCGAUGCCUCGGGGCGUGGAGCCGAGAGCAACGAGCAGAGAGGAGCGAAGACGCCUGAAGGUCGCGGGAGAGAUGCAGGGGCGACAAGGGUCGAGGGAGGCGUGCCGACGGGACAUCAGGCCUCCGACCUCGCAGGUGACGAAUCUGGAAAUCUCGAAAAGCGAGAAGCGAUCGAGGCGUCGAGUGUCCCUUGCACAACCCGGUCGUGCCCACAAGAUGCCAUGAAGGGGAGAAAGAAGACUUCAUGCAAACGCGAGGCAGCGCGUGCCUCUAUGGGUCUAAGGGCGUCUCCGUCGUCUCGGGCCAAGGGGGGCAAAGCAAACCCUCUGGAGCAGGUGCUCAGACAGCAUGCGGCGUAUCGUCGCGCGGUAGGAGGCGAUCUAGCCGCAGGCGCGGCGGGGCGCCAGGGAAACGAGGAAGACAUCCUGAGGGCCGUUUUGGAGAAGCGCGACUUCGCAGGGGCUGCGUUGCUUCUGACGGCGCCGCUCGCGCAAACGGCCUCGUUCUCGGCUUCUGAGCCCCUUGGCGCCUGCACUGGAAACGCCGGAGGCGUGAAUCGAACUCAGAAGAAAGGCGAAACAGACGAAAGUGGAAAGCCGACGGCGGGACGCGACAGCCACAGCUGCUCGUCUUCCUUUUCCUCUUCGGCUCUCUGCAAUGACACUGCCCCGGAAGGGGGCGACGGCUCUGGGCUGCCUUCGGCUUCGGAAAGCGCCCGUUCGCCGACGGGAAUCGAAGUGGAAGACGAGACGGACGAGACGCUGAGUCUCAGUCGACAAGCUGCACACCUCGCGCGCGACUGGACCGAUCUCGUGCGAGACGACGGAGGCGAAGCUCGUGCCGCCCGCCUUCUGCGCCUUUCUCUGCAAGCAGCGAAAGCCUUCUCAGCCCUUCGGAGUUCCCUCGAACGCCAACCGCCGGAGACAGGUGUCUCCUCACCGGGGGCCGGCGGCGAGCAGGAAGCGGCUCUUCGCGGGGCGACAAGCGCGAGCUCGAGGACCGAGGAGGAAGAAACGGAGGAGACAGAGAAGGCGAAGACAGAGAAGGCGCAGAGACGACAGGCGAGUCUCGCGGUGCUGCGGGAAACUCUUUUGAGCGCCACGCGGGUCGGAGAUGCCCCACUUCGCCCGAUGACAGAAAUUACGCUUCGACGAAUCGCAGAUGAACUGCACAGCUUGCCAGGCUCAGAGCCUCGUUCCUUUUCGCUUCCGCCGCGCACCGCGAACCGCCGGCAGAAGAAGCCGAGGGCCGGGGCAGAGCGGCGAGACGCGAACAAGAAGCGUCAGCUGCGCGGAAGCGAGAGAAAGAACACGGCGAAAGGCGGGGACGAAGUGACAACCCAAGACGAAGAUGAAACAGAUGGAGACAACUGUGAGGCAUGGCUUUCUGAGCGCGUGACGACUUUGUGCUCCUCCUUCGCUGUAAGCAUUUUUCUUCUCCACACCGUCGCUCUUCUCCGUGCCCUCCCACCGCUGCCCGUCCCAGACGAUGGCGCCCCCACCCUUUCUUCUUCUUCUUCUCCUUCGGCUCAGGGCGGCGCGCCGCCGAGGGACCAGUCUCUUGAGAGAGGCGAGAACGGAGACCGAAAGGAGACAGCGGAGAGCGGACGGGGCGCAGUCGAGGACGCGACGAGGGGAGCACGUGCGUCGUGGCGUCUUUGCCUCGCCCACGGCCUCAAGCGCCAGUGCAAGGAAACCGUCGCCAUCCUCUUCCUGCUCUCAGGCCCCGCCAAGGAGUUGAGUGGGGAUGUGCCCAUGCUGCGGCUCCACCGGGUGCUUUCUUCUGCUGCAAGGUCCAACCUCCUCACUUUGUUUGCAUGCAUUUGCCGGCUUCUUCGGAGAAAUCUGCUCCUCGUUUCGUCGUCUGCUGGGGCCUCUGGGUCUGUGUCCGGAACUGCGCUGAGGGCAGAGACACUCGCACGCGGGGGCGUUUUGGCGCCUCCAGUCGCGCUUUCCCCUCCGGCUCUGCCUGCGCCGACCUCGCUCGCCUUUGCCCCUGUCUCUGCUGCCUUUUCCUCUGGCCUGUCGGCUUCGUUCAACACGGAGGAACUUCACCUCGUUGUCGCUGGGCUCGCGGCGCUCGUCGCCCAGCAGGGCUGCGCGAGUCUCCCUGUGCGAGACUCCGAGGCGCUGCAGGAAGUCGCGGAUCUUCUAACGACGUAUUUCGUCGAGAUCCCUUCUUUGCGGCCUUCCCUCCUCAUCGCUCUGGUGACCUCCUUGCCGCUCUCUUCCCGUCUCGCCGCUUCUCGAGCGUCACGCUCCGGAGCUGGGCCGUCGGCGGGUCCGCAUGCAUCGCAUGCUCCGCGGGUCUCGCAGUUUUCGUCCUCUGCUUCGCCCUUUCCGCCUCUGCGCGCUGUGACGCCUCACCUGCUUCCCGUCGCCCUCCUCCUCCCGCGUCUCCUCCAGUGUCUCUUUCUUCCCAAACUGCGGCAGCGCACAGGAUUUGCCCUCGCCUGGGCAAUUCGCUCGGGCGCCGGCGCGGCUGCGAGGCAGAAUGCGACGGCGAGAGAGAAGCGCAACUGCCCCUCUGGGCGCGACUGUCUAUCCGUGAACGACCGGGCUGGAGAGACAGGGGGCGAGGAGACACCUGCCAGACAGAGCCUGGCGCGCGCUCUGCUGCGGGGCGAGCACGUGGCGCUCUUGGUUUCGCGUUUGCUCCUCACUCGCGCAUUCCCGGAAGGCAUGAAACAAAUCGAAAACCUUCGAGGACGAGGCGGCUGGAGCAGCCGCGGCGGAUGCUUGGAGCUUUGUCUCGCUGGCAAGCGCCGAGGCAGGAGCAGCCACGAGAGAAGACACGGCGAGCCUGCGGACGAGACCGAUGGAGGCGAGUGCGAAACGGACGAGGUCUUGCUCGAGUUCCAGGAAAGCUUUGAACGGGCCUUCCUGCUGACCGGAGAUCGGCCAGAAGGGACCGACGGCGCGGCGUCGGCAAGUCGGGCGGUGGUGAGGAGACUCAUCGAAGAGUGGGGCGUGAUGAGUUUCUAUCCGUCUCUUCCAGGCGCGCUUCUCCUCUUUCGGACGCUCGUGGCGUCUCUUUUGCACCUGCUGCUCUGCAUCCUCCCCGUCAGCCCCCAGCUGGCGGCGCAGCUGCGGCAGAACCGCGAAGACGAGCACCUGCCGCUGCUGGCGAGUGUCCUUCUCAGUCAGAGUUACUCUCCACCUCUUGCCGGCCUCCAGUCUCGAGGGUCUCUGUCUUCUGCGGGCUCGGCUCCGUUGCUUCCUUCCUCGCUUGGCGCCCUCUUUUCUCUGGCUGAGAACGGGCUGUACCUUCUCUCGGCGGCUGCCCCGUUUCUCUUUCGGCGCUUCGACGCUCCUUCCUCAGGGCCUUCUCGGCCCGUCCCCGUUCGGCCGCUUGUGGGCUGCCAAGGAAUCCACGGGACAAGCGGAGAGACCGCCGACGCACGGGCGCUGCAGCCGGCCAACAGCGCCUGCGAAGCGCGCCCAAACGAGACGGAACGGACCUCCAGAGACUCUGAGACACACUCUGCUCGCUGCGCGAUAGCGUCCUCUCGCUCUUCUUCUCAGGAGGCGGGUUCGCGUUCGGGACCAGACGCGCAGUGCUGUGUCUGCAGCGCCUCUGUGCUUCCCAGCCGGUUCGCUUCAGAGGCCGCAGCAAAUGACGAGAGCCAACCCCGGCCUCGACCCCGAGAAGAAUCAAAGUUUCCUUCUGCCACUCUGACUGCUCUGGUGAAGUGUCCCGAUUGCGGGGCGUUCGCGCAUGCGUCGUGCGCGGGCGUAGGCGACCAGGGAGUCUCCGCAGUGCCUAGCGCGGCCUCAGAAACGGGGCCCGCCCCGCCACUCAACGCUGGAGAAGCGGAAAGAACUUUGGACCCAACGGUUCUUCUCGCCGACACCUGGUGGCUCUGCGAAGGCUGUGCGCUUCGCCGGAUAGUGGCGUACGGUGUGAAGGUGUCGGCGGAGCGUUGCGAGCCUUCGCUUCUCGCGUUCUUGUCGACAUCGCCUGGGGGCGCAGUCGGCACAGAGCCGACUGAGGGACGGUUCCUAGGGGCCCGGAAAACGCCGAGAGAAGCAGCUGAUGCCGCUGGAGAGAGCCUUGGAUCCGGGGCAACGAAGGGCGAGCCUUCGAGGCAAACGCGGUCGAGGCGGGGCCCGUGGCUUCACGCGGCAGAAAGCGAAGAAGAUCUCCUUCCCUUCCUGCCUCACCACCUCGUGUAUGCGUGUCUCCUGCUGGCCCAUCUGAACGGUCCGGGCGGCCGAGCCUCGUGCAUGCGUUUCGGCGGACCCCAAGAGUAUCUAUCCGCGUGCGCGGUGCCGCCGCGGCGAGCCGGCACCCGAGGAGCCAGAAGCCGAGGGGACAGCUGCCCUGUGCUCGAACUCGCACUCGAGGCCUUGGCGCCCGUGGAACCGGCCGACACAGCCACUUCGCUGGGACACGUCGAUCAAGUGUCUGCUCGUAUGGUUGCACUGUCCCUUCUGGACGCGGCGGGGAGACGUGUCUCCUUUACGGGCCCGUCUCUGGAGCCCAAAGCCUCACGCGGAGACGGAGACAUGCCCGUCGCGCCGGAGCCGCGCGGGCGACAGAAGCGAGGCGCUGCGUCUCGGAAGCUUCGGCAGCAAAGAGACGGCGCGGAGGCAGGCACAGAGAGAAAGCCUUCGCACGCGGAGCCUGUCCGCGUUAACGGCAGAGGUGAAGAAGCGGGGCCAGAUGCGGCUGAGGGACGACGACAGCCGCCGUUGCAUGCGGCCCCGUCCGCGUCCUCCCUCGUCAAGGAAGGCGCAGUGUGGGACGUUGUAUGCGCUCUGGAGUGGAGCGCAGGGGUCAGGAUGACCCGCGGGUUUGGGCUGUCGAAGCGUCUUCGCCUCCAGAGGAAGCAGGCCGAAGAAGGCAGGCCCGACUCCGAGAAGGACACACCAGAGGAGACAGUCGAGGGACGACUGUGGAGCGACGCAGGACUGUGUGGCGAGCUAGAGACACCUUCGGAAACGCGCAGGAAGAACGGCGUGCAUAUCGGCUGUGGAGGUCGUCUUAACCGAAUGAAGGAAGCACUAGAAGAAGAGGAGUCGGCUGGUUUCGAUGAUGGCCAAGCAAUGAGCGUUUGGGAGACGGAGGUCGUCAGUGUGUUCUUCAAGGACCUCUGCGUGCUUUCCAUGUUUGCAGUUCAGGCGUCUCUCCCUCGACGAUACAGCGUCGGCGUCAAACGCGCGGCUCUCACCGCUCUGGCCAGCUGUCUCCAGCACAGACCCACGGCGCUCGAGACCUCCAAUCUUCAGCAGGCCUUGUGGGACUCACUGCGAGACUCUGCGCCGGCGAUUCGCGAUCGGGCGCUCGCCGUCAUCGAAAAGGUUUUCUUUUCGCCUUUCUCCCGUCGCCCGGCGUCUUUGUCGGGGACAGCAGAGACAGCCAACGAGGGCGACGCCGCGGGCGGGAGCGGCGACAGCGCACGGCCAAGCGCGGACCUCUUUGCCGCCUUCCUCGCGUCUUCUCUCAUUCACGACCCUUCGCCCGCCGUUCGCCUCCAGGCGGUCCGCAUGCUAAAGAACUACUAUUUGAAUGCCCCGAGCGCGCACGCAGGCCUGCUGUUCGAGCCCUCCCCGUCGCGCGCUUCUGUUUCGCUUUCUCCCGAGCGCUUUCAGGCAACCUGCGACGCCUUUCUCUCGCUCGCCCGCCGGCUGUAUGCGCCUGGAGUGGAGAGUCGCCACCUGCGCGCGUGCAUCGCCGACCUUUUCGCUCAGUUCUUCUUUGUUCUGCCCUUCGCAUCUGCCAGGCACGAAGCCUCUGCUCCGCCUUUGUCCCCUCCGAAAGACAAACGCCUGUCCUCCUUUCCGUCCUCUCUCUCUUCUGCUCUCUCUUCUCCUCUUUCUUCUCCUCUCUCUUCUCCUCUUUCGUCGCUGUCUUCGUCUUCUCUGCCUUGGAGGCCUCCGGCGGCUCUCGUGUUGCUGCUUUCGCACGUGGCGGCUUCAGUGCGCGGCAGACCCUGGCCGAGCGAAGGUCGGAACGGAGAGGCGGAAACUUCUACGCGGCCAGACGACGCGGUUCGCGACUACGAACCUCUUCCCGACAAGGACGCUCCCUUUCUGCAGCGCCUGCUGGUGCGCGUCGUGGACCUUUUCAACCGCGAUGAAGCGGCUGCAGACGCUCUCGUGUUGGACCCUGUCGACGCGACGGCGACGCCGCGCUGCAAGCGACAGGCGGCCGGAGACGUCUCCCGGACGCGCUCGCCUCUUGCUUCGCUGCGCCCACCCUCUCCACCCUUUGUCUCCCGCGCUCUCGGCUCACCGGGAUUCACGAAAAUGCGCCACGCCCAGACCGACCAGACGCCGGCCGACCGCGUCCGCCAGAUUGUUCACUGCUGGCUGGAAGCAGUCCUGCGGCUCUUUCUGCGUUGCGACCUCUCUCCACAGCAGUCGGCGCCUCCAGGGGCGUUUUUGGCGCGCCUCUCGUGGGUUGCCCCGGAUGUGUUUGCGGCUUUCCGCCUCCUGGAUUUGUCUCGCGACUUUCUCGGUGCGGGAGAUCCGUUCUGCGCGCGCGCGCUUCUCGUGCGGUCGGGGCUGCCGCUGGUACUUCCCCUUUUCAAGGCCUCGCCGCCGUUCCCGCCCCACACCACCACGCUCCUCGGCAAGGCCCUCAGCUUCAUCGCGACGCUCUGCGCAGUCGUGGGGGCGAGCGAGCGGGGACGGCGACAGGAGCGACUCGAGGAGGCGCGCGACGAGGCAGAGGAAGAGGCGAGGUGGAGAGACAGAUGUGGACGCGAGGGCGCUGGCGAGGUCCGGGAGAACUCGCUUCUUUUCAGCUGCCUGAAAAGGGAACUGCAGGGCGCUCUGGAGGAGAUCCGCCGGCUGGUUGAGCUCGAGCCCCUCGUCGUGAAGGACGGCGUGCGGUGUCUGUACACCGCCGCGACCUGCGUCACGGGCGACUUGGAGAUCCACGUGGGGAAGCUCGUCGCAUGCAGUUUGGCGCCGCUGUACGACGCGCGAGCGCAGCUCGGAGCCCUGGCUAUGGAGAGGUCGGACAGCGCCUUCGGAACGAGGCCCCAGGCAAGCGAGCGCCUCCGAGAGAAGACCGAGGACACGGGGAACGGGACAGGAGAGGGAGGAGCGGAAGAGCACAAGCGACUGCAAGGAGGGACAAAGCGCGAGAACGACGAGGGCAGCGAGAGGCCGACCAUCACCAGCGGAGACAGUGGAGACAACGAGAAGGCUCGACGGGAAGGAAGCCUCGAGGCGAGCGCGGCGAAGGUCGAACCUACGCCGACACGAGCUUCGUCUUCUGUCUCUGCUUUCGCGCCCUUCUCUGUCGUCGCGUCGCUCUCGCGAGAUGCCGACCGCCCUGCGACUCUCGCGGAAGGACUCCACCACGCCCAGUACGCGUCCUGGGUCGCGGCGCGUCUCUUCUGCGAGCUCGAUUUCGCUCGCGACUUCGUCAAUGACCUGCCGGCCUCGGGCGAGGGGGAGGACGAAGUAACUGUCGGGGGAGAAGAGGGAGCAACGCAGCGGGCGUGUCGUGGCGCGUGUGCAGGCGAGGCGGGAGAGGAUUUCCCAGGCGGCCGACGAGCGGAGGGGAAAGUCGAAGAGUGUUCACACACACCGUCUCGCGAUGACGGAAGCACCCGGAAGUCUGUGCUCGGAAAACCCAAGUCGUCGCAUGGCGACGCCUCAGUGCGUCGAGCGGUGAAUGUGCCUCCCAGCGGUCUUCGCCAGUUCACUCCUUCGUGCCAAAUCCGUUUGAGUCUUCUGCGUCAAGCUAUUCGCGCUCUGACGCCGCACCUUCCUUCUGUCGCGCCCUUCGCUCCGCCCCGCUCCGUUCUCUCCUUCUCCGCCUUCCCGACUGCGGUAGCGUCUCCGCGCCUGCACGCCCGGUCGGCGUCGCCCGCUGGAAACUGGCGAGAAUCCGAAGACGCGGAAGACACCGACGAGGGGAGUGACGGGGAGUUUGCGCGCGGUGGCCGCGACGGCUUCCACGAGUGCAGCCGCGAGAUCUGGGGCGGCAGCUGGGACCUCCCUGCGGCGCUCUUUGGGCUUCUUGUCGACUUGCUGUUUCUCCUCGAGGUCCUCAGGCUCCCCGGUUCUGUCGUCUGGCGGUCGUUUUCACACUUCCUCGGCAGCCAGCCGGCGUUCGUUUGCCACCGGAGUGUACAUACACUCUUUGCGGCCGUCCUCGCGCGCGGGGCGUCUGGGCGACGCCUGACAAUUUGCAAAAGACGCGACUCCUUUCUGCCCGACGAAGCGCUGGGACCGCUCGCGACGGCGACGCCUCAGCUCGCAGCAGCCGGCGUCGUCGCGGGGUCGGAUUCUUUCUCGUCUUGGCGCUCUCCCGAGGGCGCACCCCAGUGUGCCGCCUUGCCGUGGAGAGUUGGCAGCGCCGCGGACCCGUUGCCUCACGCCAAGGAAGAACAAGACGCACAAGGAUGGGAACUGUCUUCUGAGGUCGUGGGGUGUCGCGACUCGCCGGAGCUCCAAGCUGCGCUCCAGGGUCUGGGGUCCCUCCUCUUGGCGUUUGAAGCGCAUGCGGCGUCGAGGCAAACGCGCGCGGGAUCGCAAGCCUCUCGCCAGGUCGCGCCGCCCACUCCGCAUUCGGGCACCAGACCCCGGGGUGCUGAGACGUCCUGCAGGGAACCACCCUUCCUUUCUGCCCCGAGCAACAGCCGUUUCGCGAGGCUUCACCUCCCGAGUCUCUCGGCAGGUAGCGCGACGCCUCCUCGUCCCCAGACAGUGGCUGCAACUGCGGACGUGUCCAGUCUUCCUCUGUCUUCGUGCUGUCGCGAGGCCUGUGGGCCUUGCGCGUGCGCUUCCCCUUCCUCUGAGAUCGCACGCAGAGGGAGAAAAAGCGUGUCCGGGAGAAGAGGCAACAGGGAAGCGAAGGACAUGCUGAGCUGCGCGUCGCUCUGCAGGGGCGACGCUUCGCUGGCCCGAGGGGAAACGCGUUCCACCGCGGAGAAACAGGCAGGAGGCGCAGCGAUCUCUGCAUGCGAAGCAGCGCAGUCGCUCACGGUGCAUCUCCCCGCCCUCCUCGAGAUUCUCCUACCCUCCCACCAGAUGCUUCUCCAUGCAAGGCAGCACUACCUCCGAUCUUUGUCGCCAAGGGCGCAGACUGCGCGCCUGCCUUGUCUGUCUCCGCCUGAGACAGCCGACCAGAGUCGGUUGAGCGAGCGCAGUGCGCGGCUCUGUCUCCAAGUCCUCCGUGUGUUUCAAAGGCAAGGCCUCGUCCACUCCGGCGACUUGUUCGGGCACGCCUUUGCGUGCCUCUGUGCAGCGUCGGCAGCUGUGCGCCAAGCUGCCGGGGACCUCCUGCAUGCGCUGUCUCGCGCUGUGUCACCGCAUGGCCCUUCUGCAUCGCCGCGAGAAGGCUCCGCAAAACCCGCUCGGCGUUCCGCGUGUCUCCUCUCUUCUCGGCUUCAAGAGGCGCUCUUCCUGGCUGUGCGGUUCACCCUCACCUACCUCCCUGCAUGCGCAGCAGACGCGCAGGAGAACGACAAGCAGGGAUCGCAGUGCGUCGCGCAUCCGAGGCGAGAAGGCGAAAGACGCGACCGCACAACGCGCCCCGAAGACGAGACUGGCGCGUGGCUGACGGCCGUGGCGCCCGAUCCCUUCGCGCUGCUUCCCGCCUGGACGACCGCCGCCCCCUUCUCGCAGCUCUAUCUUCAUUUGAGUCGCGACUCUCACGCUGUGAAGGAAGAGCUUUUGUGUUCCUUGGCCGGGCAACUGGAUCGUCUCGCGGAGCCGACUCGCCUCGCGCUCCUCUUGACGCUUUUGCCUUCGGAUGCGUCUUCGAUCGCUGCUUGUUUCUUGCCUUCUCCUUCUGCGCCUGCGUGCCUGGUUGCGCCCGUUCCUGUGCAAGGCGGCCGCGAGGCAAACCCGGACGAAAGACGGUCGUCUGGUUCGGCUUUCUCGUCUUCGAACGUGAAUUCGCCUCUCUCUGCCGCGCUCCUCAGAUGGAUUCUCCAUCCGGCGAUGCGCUGGCUAGGCUCUCUCAUUUACCUCGCCCUCGGGCGAGCUGACGCCGUUUCGUCUCUUGCGUGCGCGACGCCUGAUAGUGCCGCUUCCGGCGGUCUCAGCUUUUCGGCGUCUUCGGCGGCCCUGCCCUCGGCUCUUCCGGCGUUCUCUCUGAAUCUCCUCUGUCUCCCUGUUCUCGUUCUGCUGUACAUACAGCAGACCGUCUCCCUGCUUCUGUCCGUGCCUCUCGCGAGCGAAGGCGACGCGUUGCUGCUCGCGACUCGCCUCGCUGACCUCGUGCACGAGCGGACGCGCCAGCUCCACGAAGUCCUCCAAGAACAAGAAGAAGCGCUGUUCUUCUCAAACGCGUGUCAAGCGGUGAGGGCGGAAGAGGCGACUGAGACGUCAAGGGGAAGACGUGACGAAGACGGAAACGGCCUCGAGGCUGGGGGGAAGGCAGCGCGGCAACGCUUCCAGUCCCCGGAGCUUCAGCACGCUCCCAAACCGGAAGACGGAACGAUCGAGAGCGACAGCGAAGAUGGCGGGGAGAGCUUUGAGGGGAGCGUCGUUCUUCUGUGUCAGGUUCUUUGCGUUGGGUUUGCGGUCCUUUGUCGGCGAGCAGUGCUCCGCGUCGCGCGUCUCGACGAGGCGAAGUGUCUCCUGUAUCGCGAACUCGCGCCAGCGGGCCGCGCGGAUUGCGCAGGAAAGGGGGCGAGAGAGAGACGCGCAGAGAGCAGGCAGCGCAAGAACGCCGGCAGCUGGGAACGCCCCGCCGUGGCGAGCGGGUCGGACCGCGAGCCGGAUGCGAGGACCGAGACCGAAGGGGAAUCCGCCAGCGAGGACAGACGCGGCGGAGGAGCCCGAGAGAGCGAAAGGAGAGACAAGCGUAGACACACUGGCCGUGCGGCACAGGCUACCAAGAGAAGGAAGGUGGGAAGGAGAGGAACGAGAGCGAAAGCGCCCGCCGAGGAAGACACGUGCUCUGAGUCGUCUUCACGUUCUCCGUCGGCCUCGAGGCGACCGAGUUUGCGAAGGCAUGCACGGCGGCCCGUAAGCAAACCGAAGCACGCCUUCGGCGCAACUCCGGCGGGCGUUUUGUCGGGUGCGUCUGAAGACGAAGAAGCGAGUUCUGAUGGAGGCGCGAAACCGCACAACGCGCCGCGGAGUUCGAGGAUCGAUGUGCGAUGUGGGUUGAGGCAGGCCGGGGUGUCGGAGACGCACAGACAGGCAGAUCUAAAGCGCUUCGACGAGGCCGCGUUGCCGCCGGAGACGCGACCUGCGGCGGGCUUUUCCCCUCGCGAAAGUGCGGCGCUCGUUGCUCGGAUCGGCGACGCGUGGCGGCAGCGGCUCGAGAGGCUGUGGGGGAUGCAUGCGGACGCGGGGGCGCCGGAGCAGCGGCGCGGAGAGACACUCGCGCAGCUGGUUGACGCGCUCGAUCGAGAGGUGGAGGCCUGCGAGGGAAUUCACGGAACGCGAGAGCCCGAGAACCGCACAGGACAGAAACCGCAAAGUGCAAAACCCAAAAAGCGAAAGAGAGAAGUGUCCGAAGACGAAGAAGAAGAUGAAGAAGAAGAUGAUGAGGAAGAAGACGAAGAAGAAGAUGAGGAAGAAGACGAAGAAGAAGAUGAGGAAGAAGACGAAGAAGAAGAUGAGGAAGAAGAUGAGGCAGAUGAGGGAGAAGAAGAUGAGGGAGAAGAUGAGGAAGAUGAGGGAGAAGAAGAGGAAGACGACGACGAGGACGAGCCCGGGGAAGUUUGUCGUCGCAAGCAGUCCGCCGCGACAAGUCGCCCAUUGCAUGCGCUGUCGGCAAAGUCUGUUCAGAGAGAAAGACAGAAAUCCAGGGCGUGUGCGGGCCGACGUCCGAGGAGUGCGGUCCGCGCGCCUCGCCCAGACGUGCGGAAAGUGCCUGUCUCUCGGAGGGGAGCGCAAGCUGCCAAGUUUUCCAAGCAGCCAUCGACGGGGCGACGGGAGGAUCUUGCCUCGUCGGAAGUCGGAAAGAGCAUGACGACAGCGUGUGUUUCAGAGGAAAGGCGAGGCGGGCGGUCAGCCAAGCGGGGAGAACGCGAAACCGCACGAAGCAGACAGGAAGUUCUUGUGAAGUCGUGUCGCGGCCUUCUCUGA